CAGUGUCACUGAGCCACUGACUUUCUACCUAGUUUUAAGAACUUCCUUUUUUUUUUUAAUUUUUACUAAUGUAUAUGGAUGGUUUGUCUGCAUGUAUGUCUGUAUAUUAUGUGUAUGCCUGGUACCUAAGGAAGUUAUAUGCGGGUGUAAGAUUCCCAUGGAACUGGAGUUACAGAUGUUUGUGAGCCACCAUGUAGGUGCUGGGAAUUGAACCUGGGUUCUUUGCAAGAGCAGCCAGUGCUCUUAACUGUUUAGCCAGGUUUAGCCCCUGUGGCUAACUUCUUAUUUAUUAAUAAGAAGUAUUUAUUAAUACUCUUGUAAUAUAGGGAAUAGAAAUAUGGCACCUGUGUUCUUGGUACCAGUUAAUUUUUCUAAAGUUCACCUUUAUGGGUUGGGGAGUAAGGAAGAUAGUGUUAGAACGCUCACCCAGGAAGUGAUAGGCCCUGGGUUAAUCCCUGGCAUAGCUAAAUAAGCAAAUUAUGGUUCUCUGAUCAUCAGGGAGUCUUUAGCGCUCUCCAAGACAGACAGACAGACAGACACACACACACACACACACACCUCUCUCCAUGGAAGACAGCAGGUAGACUGGUUUGUAAAGUAAUAGUAGGCUCAUUAUUUCUAAACCCUGUAACACUAAAUUCCCUCACUGCAGCCCAGCAGGACCACAAGGAGAAAGGCUCCUGCUAUAUUGGUACUGUAAUUGCUUUUGUUCAUACAUAAAAGAUUUCCCCCACAGUGAAAGACUUGAGCGCACAUUCCCACUCUGCCUGCUAUGACCCUGGGCACAUUACCUACCCCCUGAGCUUCAGCUUUUAGUAACUGUUCCUACAUUAGAGGAGCCUGGUGUGUGGGUCACCAACAUGGGUUGAGAUUGCUGACCACUACUUGGGAUUGCAUGAGCUAUAUUCAAUCACAAAUAAGCAACUCACACUUUGUACUUGAAAGUGAGUUUGGCCAAGCAGAAGUAAACAUUUUUUUUAAACUCAAGCCUAUGAAGUUUUGUAAACUGUAACCCAUCUCCUAAGAUUGCAUUGAGAGCAGAUUGACUUUCUCUUUCUUGAGCUCCUAUAACUGGUAGGCCAUGAGCUCUGUGGGGAUUUGCAUAGGGAGAGUGAGUGUGGACACAGAGAUUGUGCAACUGGACCCUAACCCUAACCCUAACCCUAACCCUAACCCUAGCCCUAGCCGUAGCCCUAACCCUAACCCUAGCCCUAGCCGUAGCCCUAACCCUAACCCUAGCCCUAGCCCUAGCCCUAGCCCUAACCCUAACCCUAACCCUAACCCUAACCCUAACCCUAACCCUAACCCUAACCCUAACCCUAACCCUAUGCAACUUCAUGUGAGGAGCAAAAGCUGCCUUAGAGAUGGCCUUGGUUCACAGGAUGUGUUGCUGCCACAGCUCUGUCUUGGGGGAAGAUUUUAGAACCAAGGAUCAUAUUUGGGGUUGGGAGGGGAAAAAGAAACUGAGCAGCUGAAAGAAUACUCUUUACUAGUUUUUGGAUGUUUUGGUGACUAGAUCAGUUAUUGUGCUGUGACUUCAAAAAGAAGGGCAGAGGUGUCACCUUUAAAACUCCGUGUUUGCAGUAUACCGAGAGGCAAGUUCUGCAGGCUGUAUUCCCCACUCCCCAGGGUGGAAGGGGUGUGGGUGCUCACCCCGGGGCCUUGUACAUGUUAGGCAAGCGCUCUGUUAUCGAGUGUGCAAGUCCACCCUUUUUUUUUUUAAUUAAAAGUUAAUUACAUGUUUAUUUGUGUAUAUCUCUACAUAUAUACCAUGGCACACACAUGAAGAGUUGGUUCCCUUCUUCCAUCUUCUAGGCCCCAGGGAUUGAGCCCAGGUUGUCAAAGUUCAUGUCAGGUGCUUCCUUACUGAAUGAUUUACCAGCACACACGCGCACACACACACACGCACACACACACACCCACACACACCACACACACCACACACACACACAUGCACACACACACACACACACACACCACACACACACACAGACACACAUGCACACACACCACACACACACACACUCACACACACACACACCACACACAGACACACAUAACACUCACACACACACACCACACCACACACACACCACACACACAGACACACACCACACACACACAGACACACACCACACACACACAGACACACACCACACACACACACACACCACACACACACAGACACACACACACCACACCACACACACAGACACACACACACCACACACACACACACACACACACACACCACACACAGACACACACACACCACACACACCACACACACCACACACAGACACACACACACCACACACACCACACACACACACUACCACUGCCACCACCACCAUCAGUUUUUCUUAUUAAUUUUGAGCAUCUGACUGGCUGAAGCUGGCCUUGAAUGUUUCCUGUGCUGGAAGGCAUGGCCUUGGUGAAUCUCCUGUCCUAGUUGCAACCCUGUUGCAGCUCAGAUUACAAGCUUGCACUGCAAGGCCAGUGGAAAAUGUGUUACUUUUUAAUUUCUCUGAAAUUGCAUUUAGUUGGAAUACAAAUUGACAAAUAUGUUGAGCUUAGAUACUUUAAGACAUAAAUCUUUAUACAUUUCCCUGCUCUAGGAAAUGUAAGAGGCCAUAAAACUUUUAUUUUGUGACCCUGUAGGGACAGAAACACUUUCUGGGGUUUUUUAAUAUACUAACGAUUAGCCACAUGUUGCUAUUUUAAAAAGGGCUUUCAAUUAAAUUUAAAACUCAGUUCCUGUUUCAAAUAUGGCCAACAGCUGUGUGAGGCAGGCUUUCAUGGAAAGUUCCAAAUGGCAACACUGUAUAACUUAGACCUCAAGAAAGCCGCCUAUUGGUGGCAUUAAUAUCUCCUGCUAAAUUGUCUACAGGCCAAGAAACAGAAUGCACAGAGGGUGUGUCAUUGUGAGGCAGGAGCAUCAGAAAUCUUCUUACACUUGUUUCUGCUGUACCCCUCCCCCCAGCUUUAUCUACUGCUACAUUUUGUGCACACUUAGAGCCACAUAUGGACCAGGCUCCAGUGUAGAUCAGUGGUACCGUUCUUUCCUAGCUUUUGUAAGUUUCUGAGUAUUUAGACUACCCGCCGUGAGGGGCAGGUGCUCUGAGACCCAUAUAUCUCGUUUGGGCAAGUGAUAGGGUUCACUUGCUGAAGUGUCUGCUUCAUGGUGAAGGAAGGAGGAUGCGCAGUUCCACGUCAUCCUUGGCUACGCAGAGCAGGCUUGAGGCCAGCUUGAGGCCAGCUUGAGCUUUCUUGCGGGCCAGCCAACCCACAAGAGUUUUAAAAUCAGUAUUGUGCCUGCCGACUCUGAGGGAGAUGCUGAUGUGAAGCCAGGUUUGAAGAGUUGGAAAACUGUAAAUUUAGAACCCUUGACAAUGGAAGACAUCAUUUCUGGGUAACUUUCGUGCAUAAUUCCAAGUUCCUCACUGAGUUUCCAUGGUGAUGAGAUGGGCAGAAGGCUCAAUCAGGAUAAAUUUGUCCCUUGGGAGAUGUCAGUUUUGUUUCAUUUUGAGACCUUUCUGCUCGUCCUAGUUUGUGAAUGGCAUGGCUAGGUGAAGGCCAGGGAUGUUGAAGGCAGGAUAGCCAACAUUGCUCAUCUGUCACCCAUUGUCACUUGCUAAGAAACCUGACAUGGACAUGCUUCUCAGAACUCGAAGGUGUUUCACCUUGGGUGUGGUUGUCUGUUCAUGGAAGAGCAGGAGGCGGUCAGGAGCCCUGGGGGUCAGGUAGUCGUUGUUCCUAUGGCUGGAUGGGCUGUGUUGGCUAGGUCUCUGGUACUGCAGGGAGGGACAGUGCUGGAAGGGGUGAGCUGAGGUCCCUAACUGCUGCAGUAUGGGAUCCUCUUGUUAAGCAAUUUUCUAGAAUAGCAGUAACCUUUGCCUGAGAGUUUUCCAGAAGCGUUGUCUGUUGGCCUAGGAAGUUGGCCUUGUCGUGCAGAGUCUAGGUUUUACACACUUGAGGACUGGACAGCAAGUAAGCUAACCCCUGAGUGUGAGGACAGAAACACCUACCCUCUCUAUAUAGCUUAUGCAGCUGGCCAGGCCUUGAGCAGGGCAGGGCAUGGCAGAGGUAAAGGUGUGGUAUGCAGCUGCCUGACUGCUGGCACAGCAGGCUGGUCUUUUCCUGCUGUGCACAGGGAGCUCCCAGUUGCCACUCUGAACUUGUCUUGCAUCAAGCCAUCUCCACAGUAAGGUUCUAUGAUGUUAAAUUCAAAGCUGGUCAGUGACAGAGCAGAGAUGUGAACCCAGGUUAUGAAAUGUAAACCUGGCCCUUGGUGGGCAUGAGCAGACAGAGUACAGUGCUCACAGACAUGACCUGUAGGUAAGCCAGGGUUUUAAAGACAAGAAGGACCACAUGUGCCCUAGAGUCAUGGAAGGAACUGAUGUAUCCACGGCUUGUAGACUCAUCUAGGAAAGUGAUACUGGGCAGGUGGUUAGUGAUAGAAAAUGACUCCUGAGGGAUGGCAGACUCCAAGCUCCUGGUACCUGGUACUGAAGGCCCUUGCGAACCAAGGAGCAGAAGAGAGGAAAACAGUGCGACCCUGUGGGUCUCAGCUGCCCCCCAACCUGUACCCGCUAGUACACUGUUCUGACAUGAAUGGUGGUGGGUUGGUAGCUAUAGGGACAGAGUUGACACUGGCUGGGCAAACCUAUGGACUCAUAACUCCCUCACGAGAGACAGUCUGGUUGGUGGCUGCAGCAGGUUCUUUUUUCUCGGUCUGAGAGUUGGUUGUAUUUUGACUUUAGCUUACUGUUUGGAAUUCACCAAGUGCCCAUCAAGAGCAAGGCACAGUGGGUCUUAAGUGCUCAUGACAAGUCAAAAGUAUGAUGCUGCUUAUUCAAAAGCUCUUGGGGAGGGAAAAAUGAGUGAAGUGGUGUGGGGGGUGCAUAGGAAUCCCUAGCUGAGGUUCUGACUUUUUUAUUAUUAUUACAUAUUUUCCUCAAUUACAUUUCCAAUGCUAUCACAAAAGUCCCCCAUACCCUCCCCCCCACUCCCCUACCCACCCAUUCCCACUUUUUGGCCCUGGCAUUCCCCUGUACUGGGGCAUGUAAAAUUUGGUGUCCAAUGGGCCUCUCUUUCCAGUGAUGGCCGACUAGGCCAUCUUUUGAUACAUAUGCAGCUAGAGUCAAGAGCUCCGGGGUACUGGUUAGUUCAUAAUGUUGUCGCACCUACAGGGUUGCAGAUCCCUUUAGCUCCUUGGAUACUUUCUCUAGCUCCUCCAUUGGGGGCCCUGUGAUCCAUCCAAUAGCUGACUGUGAGCAUCCACUUCUGUGUUUGCCAGGAACUGGCAUAGCCUCACAAGAGACAGCUAUAUCAGGGUCCUUUCAGCAAAAUCUUGCUAGUGUAUGCAAUGGUGUCAGCAUUUGGAGGCUAAUUAUGGGAUGGAUCCAUGGAUAUGGCAGUCUCUGGAUGGUCCAUCCUUUCAUCUCAGCUCCAAACUUUGUAACUCCUGGUUCUGACUUUCUUGUUCUACUAGAAAGAGCUGUGAAAGAGAUGAGGUGUGUAACAUGUCCUGUAGUUAGAAAGAUGUGUGAGUGGAGAAGAAGAGAAAGCCAGUGCAGACAGCCCCCUGAGGACCAGGACAUUAGUUGCUCUCAUUGAUCUCAAUCCCCUAAAGAGUCCAGCUUAGAGAGGGGAGCUGAAAGUUCUCAUACCAAGAGAAUCCUCAUUGGUGGGUUCCUGACCAUACAGUGUUAGGUUCUAGUCUGUCAAUCCCCCUGUGGGUUUCCACUUGGGGGCCAGGCAAGCUACAGCUUGUUCUUCUGUGUCUUCCAGGCCAUAGAUAUUUAUAAAUGUUUCCCAGAUGGGGGGCUGUAAAAUCACUACUCUUAACCGAGAGAGGCAGGAUUUCCUGAAAUCCGAUGGUUGAGAGCCUCCUGGCUGCUGUGUUGUGGUGGUAGGCAAGGUCUGAGCUUUAAGAUUUGUCAACGUUUAAAGAGAAGGGAUAAGCACCCCUUCGGGAAAAUUAGAGGAUUGAGGGGCCCUUGAGAAAUAAAGCUAUGAGAUAUUUUGAAAGGGGGGGGCUCUUUAUCACUAUGGUAACCAGAUGUCAAAUAGGUAGAUCCUUCAUGCUACUAAUAAUAUAAGGGACUUUAUUCUUUGUCCUAGGAAUUAGCACAGGGUUGUAAUUAAAAUACAAAUUUUGUUUAGUGUCUGUUACUCCAUUCCUGUGUUUGUUUGAGACAGGGUCUGGAGUAUCCCAGGUUGGCCUCAAACUUACAAUGUAGUUGAAGAUGAUGUUGUGUUUUCUACCUUUCUGGCCGCGAUUACAUAUGGGCAUCGUCAUGCCCACUUUAUGGAAUGCAGGAGAUGGAACCCAGAGCUUUGUGUGGGCUGAGCUACAUGCAGCAAAAAAAAAAAAAAAAGGAAAAAAAAAAGUUUACUAUGAAAGAGUGUAUGGGUUCCCAGUGGCAAAACCCUGUUCACUGCAUAUUGAUCUUUUUAAUCAGUAUACAAAGUAGCAGGUUUCUUUAUGUCUGUGAAUCCCCUUUGUUUAGACUGAUUUCUCUCUCUCUGCCUUAUCUCCCUUUCACCUGCAGUAUUCCUCUUCCCACCUUUGUAUGUCACAUGUGCUCUGUGACUCUGCCUCCUGCCCUUUCUCCUCUCACCUCCGAAGUUUCAUAACGGAUCCCCACACUCAUCCCUUAACAAACACACAAUACAGGACCUAGAAGAUAGGAUCUGCAUAGACACUGUGUGGUCUUCCUGAACCUGGUUCUUUAUGUAGUAUUUUCUAGUGCUGUCUACCAACUGUGAAAUUUUGACUGUGAUUUUAUCUUGUGUCUGUCUGUCUUUCUGUCUUUCUUUUCUCUUUCGUUCCUUCUUUCUUAAAUUUUUUCUUUCUUUUUCCUUUUCCUCUUUCUCUUUUCUCUUUCUUUCUUUCUUUCCUUCUUUCUUUCUUUCUUUCUUUGCUUUCUCCCUUCCAUCCUCUUUUCUUUUCUUUUCUUUUCUUUUCUUUUCUUUUCUUUUCUUUUCUUUUCUUUUCUUUUCUUUUCUUUUCUUUUCUUCCUUCCUUCCUUCCUUCCUUCCUUCCUUCCUUCCUUCCCUCUUCCUCUCUCCUUUUUUUCCUUCCUUGCCUGCCUGUCUUCCUCCCUCCCUCCUCCCUUCCUUCCCUCCGUCCUCUCUUUCUUUCUCUUUUUGAAGCUCAGGCUGACUUUGAAUGUGAUCCCCCUGCUUCAGCGUUCUGAAUACUCUGGGGUUCUAGGCGUGCACCACUAGGUUUUAUGGUUUUUGUGUGUGUGUUUUGGGUUUUUUUGGGUUUUUUGGUGUUCAUUGUUUUUAGGUUACUGAGAGUUCUGGGGCGGAGAUUUUGUCUAAAGAGAGGAUGGAGAUCAGCUCACCGAGGUCUAGCACGACUUGUGCCCCUCAAACUUUGACACUGAUUAUUUUGACAGGGCUGUUUUUCUAUGUGAAGCUGGCUUUGUUCCUAUAAUCAGAAAUAGUGUUACUAGUCAUAUCCCCUUUGCUGAAGAUAAUCCUCUU